AUGGCCAAGGCCCUCGACGAGCACCUCCCCAACCGCGCGGACUACAGGGACAGGACACACAAGUUCUACACGGAGGGGAAGAAGGUGGCGGAGUUGCUGCGCAGGCUCAGGCCCCUCUGCCAGCGGCGGUUGAAGGGGGGGUUCGACAUGGAGGACACACCCUGGAGACGGACUCAAUUGUCGGUGUGCAUCAGCACCAUCAUAAGGAUAAUCAUGAAGCGGCCGACGGAGGUGAUACACGACCUGCGGAAACGCAGCCCAGGCCGGAUCCCUGACGAGGAGGGCGAAGACUGGUACAAGCUCGUGACGCUCAAGGGCGAGCUGGGGGCGGAAAGCCCCCAAAGGUGGUCCGUGCACUCCGGCCAGAGGCUGCAACAUUUUUUGGACGCCGCCUGGACGCUGGAGCUGCUCGACCUCGACGACGACACGCCCACCAGACCACUCGCAGCAUCGCCCUUGGACCCGUCCACGCCCGAACCCUCGUCGUCGUCCUCCUCCUCAUCGCAGCAUCUCGCCGACGGGUCACGGCAGCAGCACGCACCACCACCGCCCAUCAUGUCGUUCGGCGGGCAGACGCCCACCAUCAUCGUCCUCAAGGAAGGGACCGACACUUCCCAGGGCAAGGGCCAGAUCAUCUCCAACAUCAAUGCCUGCCUGGCCGUCCAAGCCACGAUAAAGCCCACGCUGGGCCCCUACGGCGGCGACCUGCUCAUGGUGGACGAGAAUGGCAAGCAGACCAUCACCAACGACGGCGCCACCGUCAUGAAGCUCCUCGACAUUGUCCACCCCGCCGCCCGCAUCCUCGUCGACAUCGCGCGAUCCCAAGACGCCGAGGUUGGUGACGGCACCACUUCGGUCGUUGUCCUCGCCGGCGAGAUCCUCAAGGAGGUCAAGGACCACGUCGAGCAGGGCGUCAGCUCCCAGAUCAUCAUCAAGGGCCUGCGGAAAGCCUCCCAGAUGGCCGUCAACAAGAUCAAGGAGAUUGCCAUCAGCACCGACGAGGGCAACCGCCGCGAGACCCUGUCCAAGCUGGCCGCCACCGCCAUGACGAGCAAGCUGAUUAAGCGCAACACCGACUUCUUCACAAAGAUGGUUGUCGACGCCGUCCUGUCACUCGACCAAGACGACCUCAACGAGAAGCUCAUCGGUAUCAAGAAGAUCCCCGGCGGGUCCCUCACCGAGUCGCGCUACGUCAACGGCGUCGCCUUCAAGAAGACGUUUUCCUACGCCGGCUUCGAGCAACAACCCAAGUCGUUCAAGAAACCCAAGAUUGUCUGCCUCAACGUCGAGCUCGAGCUCAAGGCCGAAAAGGACAACGCCGAGGUGCGCGUCGAGCAGGUGUCCGAGUACCAGGCCAUCGUCGACGCCGAGUGGCAGAUCAUCUACAAGAAGCUCGAGGCCAUCUCCAAGACGGGCGCCAAGGUCGUGCUUAGCAAGCUGCCCAUUGGCGACCUGGCCACCCAGUACUUUGCCGACCGGGAUGUCUUCUGCGCUGGCCGCGUCGCCUCCGAGGACAUGGAGCGCGUCGUGCAAGCCACGGGCGCCACCAUCCAGUCGACGUGUUCCGACAUCCUGCCCGAGCACCUCGGCACGUGCGGCACCUUUGAGGAGCGGCAGAUUGGCGGCGAGCGCUUCAACUUCUUCGAGGAGUGCCCCGAGGCCAAGACGUGCACACUGGUGCUGCGCGGCGGCGCCGAGCAGUUCAUCGCCGAGGUGGAGCGCUCGCUGCACGACGCCAUCAUGAUCGUCAAGCGGGCCAUCAAGAACCACCUCAUCGUCGGCGGCGGCGGCGCCGUCGAGAUGGAGAUCUCGGCCUACCUGCACCGCUUCGCCGACAAGAACAUCCCCCACAAGCAACAGGCCAUCAUCAAGUCCUUCGCCAAGGCCCUCGAGGUCAUCCCCCGCCAGCUGUGCGACAACGCCGGCUUCGACGCCACCGACAUCCUCAACAAGCUGCGCGUCGAGCACCGCAAGGGCAGCACCUGGGCCGGCGUCGACUUCAAGAACGAGGGCGUCGCCGACAUGAUGGAGCGCUUCGUCUGGGAGCCCGCCCUCGUCAAGGUCAACGCCCUCCAGGCCGCCACCGAGGCCAGCUGCCUCAUCCUCGGCGUCGACGAGACCAUCCGCAACGAGGAGAGCGCCAAGCCCCAGGCUCCUGGGCAGCUGCCCCCCGGCGCGGCCCAGAGGGCGGUCCGCGGCAGGGGACGGGGUAUGCCUCGCAGGUAA